UCUUCUAUUAUUUAUUUUAUUUUGAGUUUUUUCUGGGUUUUGUGUGGAUUAAAGCGGCUGUUAUACCUUUGAGGAAUUUCUUAACAAGUGACUACCGUUAGCUUUGUUGUUGUUGUUAAAGCUCUUUGUAGAGUUAUUUUUCGAUUGCCCGUAGAAAGUUGUGUUCUUUCCAUCUGUUUUGUGGUAAACCUGGGAGAAGUUGUCAAGAAGAGAGGGUAAUUUGAAGUAUUUUACUAAUAUAUGGUUCUGGCAGAGAGAGAAUUAUUACUAUCAUUUGAGUUCAAAGUGACAUUACUGGAGCAUUUGAAAACCAAACGUUUCUAUUUUUACUUCAGUUGACUUUGAAGAUUUGGCUUGCAUGUCCCAUUUUCAUUGGGGUCAAACAGAUACAACUUCAGUGAAAUGUCUUAUUAACAGCAUUUCUCGAUUCAUUCUUCUAGUUUCUUGCCAAACAGUGAAACCUAUGAUCCUUCAGAAGAACUGUGAUAAUAUGGUUGGCGUGUUGAAGCAUUUGAAACCAGUGCUCGAUGAUGUUGUGGAUUACAAAAUCCCUUUGGAUGAAAAUCUGUGUAGAGAAUGUGAAAAAUUGGAUAUGCAGGUUGAUGAAGCUAGGGAGUUUGUUGAAAAAUGGACCCCAAAGAUGAGCAAGAUUCAUUGUGUUCUUCAAAGUGGGGAAUUGUUGAUCAAGUUACAGAGCGCUUCACAUAAGAUUUUUCAUUUGAUAGUUGGAUCCUUAAAUUCACCUGCAUCUGUUUCAGUUUUGGCUAAUAUUCAGCAAUAUAUGCAGGAACUUCAGUGUUUGAAGAAGGAACCAGCAAUGAUCUUUAUAGAAGAAGCACUGAGAAAUCAAAGGGAUAAUAUUGAACCUUGCUAUAAUCAUCUAAAGGAAAUUAUAGAGUUACUCAAAUUUACAUCAAACCAGGAACUCCUGAAAGAAAUUAUUGCUGUGGAAAUGGAAAGGAUGAAUGCUGAAGCCAAUACAACAAAAGGGGACAUGGAUAAAAGUUACCAAAUUGUGAAUCUUGUGUGCAAUUUACGUGAUUAUGUGAUGAAAAUUGAGCGCCCUGAAGUCAAAAGUGGUGUCUCAAUCCCACCAUACUUUCGGUGUCCUUUAUCAUUGGAACUCAUGUCAGAUCCUGUUAUUGUGGCUUCAGGUCAGACAUAUGAGAGGCAGUCCAUUCAAAAAUGGCUUGAUCAUGGGCUAACUGUUUGUCCCAAGACUCAUCAGAGACUAGUACAUACAAAUCUCACUACCAAUUAUACUGUUAAAGCUAUGAUUGCAAAUUGGUGUGAGGAAAAUAAUGUCAAACUUACAACUGGCUCUAAGCACAAUGAUUCUGCUCAUAUUUCAUCCCCCACAGAUCAUUUAUUGCAUCAAGAUUUUGAUCGUGCAUGUAGCUUUGAGUCUUUAGAUAGUAGCAAUUCCAAUUCGAAUCAAGCUGGAAGUGCAUUUGGGAAGCAAAAGGAUGAUAGCUCUUUCAAAUCAAGCAGGGAAUCCAAUAGAUGUCAGAAUGAAGUGACAGACAACUUUGAGCAACAAUCUCCUGCACCUUCAUGUAGUAACAGCAGAAGUGAAUCAUUUUCAAGUUCUAUUUCUAGUACUGAUUAUGUACUUCCAUUUCCUGUUUCAAAAGCGGUGUCAAAUAAGCAUCAAAAUGUGGAGUUGUCUGGAGAAAUUACUAAUGGGUGUCCUCCUUCUACUGCAUAUAAAGAAUUGGGGAUUCUUCCUUGGUUAUCUGGAAAGCCAUUUCAUAGCCCUGGAUCAAAAAUUGGAAUGAUGGGCAAUCAAAAUAAGUAUAAUGUAAAUAAUAAUAAUAAUAUUACUAGUCAUUCAAAAGCUGAUUCCCAUCAUGUUUCCAACUUAGGAUCUGAUGAUUUGAUCACCACAUCUCAUGUCAAUGAAUUGAUUGAAGAUCUCCAAAGCCAAUCAUAUGAAGCACAAACUGCUGCUGCAGAAGAAUUGAGGCUCUGUACCAAGCAUAACAUGGAGAACCGUAUCAUUGUAGGCCGGUGUGGGGCUAUUAUGCCUUUACUUUCACUGCUAUAUUCAGACAUGAAGAUAACACAAGAGCAUGCUGUGACAGCUCUAUUGAAUUUGUCAAUUAAUGAAGAGAACAAGGUCUUAAUUAUGGAAGCAGGAGCUAUAGAGCCACUUAUCCAUGUUUUACAAACAGGAAAUGAUGGUGCCAAGGAGAAUUCUGCUGCAGCUCUGUUCAGCCUCUCUGUAAUAGAUAACAAUAAGGCAAAAAUUGGCCGUUCUGGUGCAGUAAAAGCAUUAGUGAAUCUUCUAGCCUCUGGAACUCUCAGGGGAAAGAAGGAUGCUGCUACUGCUUUAUUUAACCUGUCAAUAUUCCAUGAGAAUAAAGCUCGUAUAGUUCAAGCUGGUGCUGUGAAGUUUCUGGUUCUGUUAUUAGACCCUUCUGAUGGAAUGGUUGACAAGGCAGUUGCUCUUUUGGCAAACCUGUCAACAAUUGCAGAGGGUCGGUUAGAAAUCGCAAGGGAAGGUGGCAUUCCCUUACUAGUUGAAAUUGUUGAAUCAGGUUCUCAGAGGGGAAAGGAAAACGCUGCUUCUGUUCUCUUGCAACUGUGUCUUCAUAGUCGCAAGUUUUGUACCCUGGUUCUCCAAGAAGGAGCUGUACCACCCCUGGUUGCAUUAUCUCAGUCUGGUACUCCAAGAGCAAGGGAAAAGGCACAACAGCUUCUCAGUCAUUUUCGUAAUCAGCGUGAAGGCGGCACGGGGAUGGGAAAAUCAUGAAGGUAGACAGUUUUGGUUAUUUCAUUACCCUUUUCAUUCUUACCAUCUUCUGUUGAGGACUCCUUUCAUCAUUUUUUUUAUUCUUUUUUUGUGUAUCACUGGUCUUGUAGUAUUUUUUUUUUCCCCUUUCGUUUUGUUGGCUUUAAUGGCUUGGUUUCUUUCUAGUGGAGAGGUCUGUUUCAAGAGCGGGUAAGUUAUUUCUGAAGCUUUAGCAUGGCAAGAUGUAAACAUAAAACAGCGUUUUGCUGGAGUCAUAAGUCACUGUUGUACAUAUUCUUACAUAUGGUAUAGAAUCUUGCAAUCUACAAUGUAUAAUUGUACC